CAGCACUCACAAAAAAAAAAAAAAAAAAAAAAAAAACUUUUCGACUUUCAAAACUCGGUCGCUCAUAAAUAUUAAACAAACGUGAAAGAAAUAUAAAACAAACAAACAAACAAACAAACAAAAAAAUGAUGGAGGAGGAGAGCAGCGACGCCGGAGCCAGUGGAUGGGCACGUGUAUGCGACACGUGCCGCUCCGCGGCAUGCACCGUCUACUGCCGUGCUGACUCGGCAUACCUCUGCACCGGCUGCGAUGCGAGAAUCCACGCCGCCAACCGAGUGGCUUCACGCCAUGAGCGUGUCUGGGUCUGCGAGGCCUGCGAGCGCGCUCCAGCCGCUUUCCUAUGCAAAGCCGACGCCGCUUCACUCUGCACCGCCUGCGACGCCGAUAUCCACUCCGCCAACCCCCUCGCCCGCCGCCACCACCGCGUUCCGAUUCUACCCAUCUCCGGCUGCCUGUACGGACCUCCGGCUACCAACCCCAGUGGAAGUCUUACGGCUACCGCCGCCGGUGGUGAUACCGCGGAUGGGUUUUUAGGAGACGAGACGAUCGAUGAGGAGGAUGAGGAUGAAGCGGCGUCGUGGUUGUUGCUGAAUCCGGUGAAGAACAGCAACGGCAACAACAACAACAACAAUCACGGAAAUGGGUUUUUGUUCGGCGGGGAUGCGGAUGAGUAUUUGGACUUCGCGGAGUACAAUUCUUGCGGUGACAACCAGUUCGCCGAUCCGUACAACCAGCAACAACAACAAAAGCAGCAGCACCAACAGCAUUACGUUGUGCCGCAGCAGAAGAACUAUGGAGGGGGUGAUAGUAUUGUGCCGGUUCAGUAUGGUGAAGGGAAAACCCACCAGCUGCAACAACAGGGCUACCAAUUAGGAUUGGAGUAUGAAUCUUCAAAAGCUGCACACAGUUAUAAUGGCUCUACUAGUUACAGUGUCUCUGUUUCGUCUAUGGAUGUUGGUGUUGUACCGGACUCGACCAUGAGUGAUAUAUCAAUUUCACACCCAAGACCUCCCAAAGGAACAAUUGACCUUUUCUCUGGACCUCCUAUUCAGAUGCCAUCCCAACUUACUCCGAUGGACAGGGAGGCCAGGGUUCUAAGAUACAGAGAGAAGAAGAAGACAAGGAAGUUUGAGAAGACAAUAAGGUAUGCCUCAAGGAAGGCUUAUGCAGAGACUAGACCCAGGAUCAAAGGCCGUUUUGCUAAACGAACCGAUGUAGAGGUUGAAGUGGAACAGAUGUUUUCCACUGCAUUAAUGGCAGAAACUGGAUAUGGAAUUGUACCGUCAUUUUAAAAGCCAGUGACAACAGCAGAAGAAGAAGAUUUCUACUAGUUUCUUAGUUGUCACUGUCACGCUAUUACUGAUACUGCAUGUUUUCCAAUUUUAAGUUCUCUAAAUCAAUGAAGUAUAUGCCUGAUAAUUUUUGUAUAUCUGUCUUUUAUUUAUUUAUUUUUCUUUAAUGCAACUCCUACUAUUUGUAAAUGCAUAUAUACAUUUUCAAUUGAAAAUUAAUCCUUUGAAGUAUAA